AUGGAAGAUCGAGUUCAAGGUUUGUUAAAAGAAAAUGUUGGUGGUGUUGAUACAAGUGCUGGUGUAGUUGUCAGUACAGUUGAUCUAAGACGAUUGUUACCUAUGAUCGAUGCCAUAAUAUCUGCUUCUGAUCCGGAUUCCGUGAGUCCCAAGAAGAUAAGAAAUGCAUUGCAGGAAUUAUUCUCGAUAGAAUUGGAAUCAUAUAGAAAAGAAAUAAAUGAGCUUAUAGUAGAGAGAUUUUACGAUAUACAGGAAAAUAAGAUGGUGCUGAUCUCCAACGAUGUGUUAGAAGAACAAACUAAUGAAAUUGAAAGAUUAGAGAAAGAAAAUAUUGAACUAAGUUUAGAAUUGAGAGAAAAAUAUGAUAACCCAAUUAGAAGACGAUCUACGAUAAAAAUAUCAACAACAGAACAGAAUGAAGGCCCAAGCCAAAACCAAAACCAAACUCAAAACCAAAAUCAAAAUCAAAAUCAAAAUCAUAUCGAAAACCAA